AACUUAUUUUUAUUUAAAUAUAUUUAGAGAUAGGAGGAUUUCACUCGACAGUCCUUAGUGCCGCCCGAAAGUUGUCAGCCGCCGUUCCAGCAGCCGCACGAACGCCGGAGUCCACCGCCAUCCGUCGUACCCGCCGAUCUCUCUCUUCGCGUCGGCUUCCGUUCUCAGCCUUCACGCCGGCCACUUACCAGUAGCAGGAGCGCCGUCCGACGAUCGACCGGGCCAGCGCGCCUCUGUCCGGCGGUCAGCGUUCGAACGCCAGUCUUCACGCCCAAAGGAGCUUCGUCCGACCAGCCAAUCGUCCGCACCAUUCGUGGGUUUCGCUCAGACGACGCCGGAUUUCCGUCAGAUCUCGUCAAAUUUUGUUUUGGAUUAGUUUGUUUAAAUUCUUUGUUGCUGUGUGAUUUAUCACAGCCAGCACAGCUCUUGAUGGAUCUGCCGACCCAGAAUACUUCGUUGCAACGCCUUCAAAAUGUGGAGAAGAGAAUUGUGAGGGUUUUGGAGCUAGCAGGAGGAGUCAUGGAAGAGCUUGCCAACCCUGCUGGUCCAAGAAAGGAAUUUGUCAACAAUCAUUGCAGUGAGUUCAUGCAAUUCAUCAAAGAUAUCCAAGUUACAUUGCGGGAUGAAAUCAAAAGUGCAUGUGAAUAUCGUCCAUUUGAAAAAUGUGAUUAUAGUUCAAGGAUUACUAAUGAACUUUGCUGCAAGAAACUAGAAUAUAUGAUUUCGAAGUUGGAUGCAAUGAAACAAACUAUCGAUGAAUAUCAAGUGAAAAUGGAAGAUUCGUGAGAGCUGCUAAUCUAACCCUCUGCCAGUUUCCCCAUACGGGUUAUAGAAAUGAAAGGUUGAAGGAGAACUUCAGUCAUGUAUGUAUAUGAUCUAUCUUUGGUAGAGUUAAUAGCAUUCACUUUUUACUGUCGACUCAUAACAAGAUUCUGCCAAAUUCUUAGUAAUAAUAUCUCCUAUUAUUAUCAGAGUUUUUAGUAUGAAUUUCGAGAAGGUGAUUAAUCCAAAUCCUGGUAUAUCUUCUAUCUUAAGGGAUGGCUAAACUAUUGAUUGUUUUCCCUUUAAUCUAUUUUCUUUUAUGAAUUUGAUAUAGGUCAAGUCUUAUUGGCUGCAUACAUUUUCUCUCGUAUAUCUGCAUCGGGGAACCCGUUCAUGUCACCUGCACAGCAAAGUGAAGUAUUCAUGAUUGAAUUUUGCUUAAGACUGCUUUUAUCGUUUUUACGUGUUCUUGAGUCAAAAUAGGAGUUGAUUCUUCAAAGGUUUUGAUCUUCACGUAGAAGAUAAUUUUGGAGAGAUGUUUUUGAUAGUAGAGGAAAACAAAAGCAAAGGAGAGACACAAUAAUAUUCUCCCAUUUCUCUUUCGAUUUUUAUGUAUCUUUUCAUUAUUAUUAUUAUUUUAAUUUUGAAAAGACCACAGGUAUUGCUUCUCCUACCAAAAAGUAUAGAACAUUCUAUACCGUGCCUAUAUCUUAGGAUGUGAAAAGUUCAUUGGCUUACGACUUCCUUUUGAUGAGAGAAUAUUAGCAACACACUGUUUAUACAUACCCUUUGUCUGGAAGGUUUUCUUUUAUUGGCAAGUUGAUGAGGAGAAUAAGUUUUGUAAUGAGUAUAUUUGAGUUAAUAUUUAUUUAGUUGUUAAUUUAGACAAUUUAGUGAUUAAUUAACAUUUUACAAUUAUUAGUUAAUUAUCUUUUUUUUUUUUUUUUUUUUGUAAGUUUGGGUCGUAAUAGGAUUUUAUUUUUUUUGGUUUUUUUUUUUUAAAUCAUCAUUUAAUUAUAGAAACUUUGUUCUUGGAAAGCUGUGGCUCCAUCACAAGCCUUAUCUUUGUCACAUACUAUAUAGAGCUAUUUUGUCAUGCAACUAUUAGCUGGAGCUUCUAGUGAGUUUAGUGACUUGUAUCAUGAAAUUGACCUAUGGGAAUAAGAAUCAAAUUUAUAUUCGAAAUGUAAUCGACAUCCUUGAGAACAUUCUACAACUUGUAUUAAUAUCCAAACAUACAUUUCUAAUGCUUGUUUUCCUUUUAGAUAUUUGAACUCUUUUUUUUUCUACAAUGUCAUGAUCGUCAUCGAUGUAACGAUACUUAUUACUUGCAUAGAAUUGUUGACAGUCAAUUUGAUAAUCAUCUCUUUGCUCAUCUUUCCACUUUCUUUACUGUCUUUUUUAUGUUCUAUUUUAUUACAAUAAUUAAACGUAGUGGCUCACCUACCUUUGGGAUUGUCAUUUGACUCUUCACUAACGUUCUUUUACCUCCUUGCUUACCUUUCCAUUAAGUUGAUCAACUAUUAUUAUCUGUGUUUGGUGUUCCUUUGACAGGAGAUCUAUGUUGAAGCCUACCAAAAUUGAAAGGGGAAAAGGAAAUAAGAAAUGAUGGGAAGAGGGAAAGAGGGAAAGAGAAAUGUGGACAAAUGGUGUAUAAACUUAAGAUGCGACCUACUUUUGUCUAAUUUGGAUUUGAAUAGCACCUAUUUUUAGGUUAUGUAUUAAGUUUGCCAUGUUAGCUUGUUGUACACAUUAGUAUUGACAUGUCACCUAAUUACAUACUUUAGUUUGCA